AUGGUUCCUAUUAAUGUCAGCGUUGUGUGGAGGGAAGAGGCGGGUCUUAACACCAAACAAGAGGAAACACGUGAAGUCAAUGUAAGACGAGUGCAGAGAGCUCUAGAACAGAGGGCGAUCACAUUUGAAAGUUACAUCAUACGCAACAAGUGCGGCACAGUGGGCAAGCGGCAAGUGCGUCUGCCUCGCAGGCCCCGGCCCCGGACCCCCCUGACGGGCACCUCCCUCCCCGUGAAGGCCCGGCGGAAGCUCGGUGGGAUAAAACCGGCUCGCGUGGAGCAGGCCAGGACAUUUGUGAGCAGGAUGGCAGGAGGGACGUUGAGUUUGUACCUCAGAGGCGCCCCCGCCCUCGCCGUGGCCGUGACUGUGCUGGCGUUGUGCGGGCCCACGUUGCAAGGAGGUGUGAUCCUACCUGCUGGUGGUGGAGGCGGAGUUGGAACUGGACUUAGUGGAGCAGGCACUGGAUACGGUCCUGGUGGAAGAGGCACCGGAUUUGGUCCUGGGGGUGCUGGCACCGGAUUCGGUCCUGGGGGAGCUGGCACCGGAUUCGGUCCUGGGGGAGCUGGCACCGGAUUAGGUCCUGGGGGAGCUGGCACCGGAUUCGGUCCUGGUGGUGCAGGUACCGGAGCAGGAGGACAAGGAGGAUUCCAGCCUGGCACCUACGGUCCAGGAGUGGGAGGAGCACCUGGAGGUUUCGGAGCUGGUGUAAAGCCUCCUAAAUCAGGUGGUACCUAUGGUGGCCAAGGAGGAUUGAAUGCAGGUUUUGGACCAGGACAAGCAACUCAAGGAGGUGGUCUGGGUCAAACUGGACUCGUGUCAGGGGGUCUUGGAGGCUAUGGAACCGGGCCCCGGGGGACCUCUACCACAGGGUUAGGUCCAGGAAGUCAAGGGGGUGUGGUGGGCGCGCUUGGAGGGAAAGGCACUGGUCAAGGAACUGGAACAGGCCUUGUGCCAGGAGGUGGGUUUGGAGGAAGUUAUGGCCAAGCCGGCAGUAGCCAAUACCCAGGGCUGGGUGGAACUGGACUCAAACCGCCUAAAUCAGGUUACAGCUCAGGUGCAACAGGAUUUGGUCCUGGUGGUGCUGGGGUGGGGCCAGGAGGGACAGGAUUUGGUCCUGGGGGUGCAGGAGUUGGGCCUGGUGGUGCAGGAUUCGGUCCUGGGGGUGCAGGGAUCGGGCCUGGGGGUGCAGGGGUCGGGCCUGGGGGUGCAGGAAUCAGGCCUGGGGGUGCAGGAUUCGGGCCUGGUGGUGUAGGAGUCGGGCCUGGUGGUGCAGGAGUCGGGCCUGGUGGUGCAGGAUUGGGGCCUGGGGGUGCAGGAGUGGGGCCUGGGGGGGCAGGGAUCGGGCCUGGGGGUAAAGGAUUUGGACCAGGGAGUGCAGGAUUUGGACCUGGGGGUGCAGGAGUUGGGCCUGGGGGUGCAGGAUUUGGACCUGGUGGUGCAGGGAUCGGGCCUGGGGGUGCAGGAUUUGGACCUGGUGGUGCAGGGAUCGGGCCUGGGGGUGCAGGAUUUGGACCUGGGGGUGCAGGAGUUGGGCCAGGGGUUGCAGGAUUUGGACCUGGUGGUGCAGGGAUCGGGCCUGGGGGUGCAGGAUUUGGACCAGGUGGUGCUGGAGUUGGGCCUGGCGGUCAAGGAAUUGGGCCUGGUGGUGCAGGAUCUGGGUUUGGUGGAAAGAGCAGUGGCAAAGCAUCAAAACAAGUUCCAGGUGUUGGGGUUCCUGGACUAUACCAAGGUGGAUUUGUACCAAAUCAAGAUUUUGCUAGCCGCGGUGUUGUCCCUGGAGUAGCAACUGGAACUGGACUUGGGCAGCAGACAGGUGGUGGGGUUCUCGGCCAAGGUCAAGUCAACGGUCAAGGAGCGCCGCUGCCAGGGGUUUUUCGUGGGUAUCCUCUGAUAACACCCAAAUCAGGAACAGGGAAGUCAAAAAGUCCAGCUAAAGCAGCAGCCAAGUAUGGUGCAGCAGGUGGAGGUGCCCUUGGUCAAGGUGGUGCUGGACUCCCUGGAGGAGGGGCUGGUCUCCCUGGAUUUGGAGGUGGAGCUGGAACAGCCGGCGGGCCGGGAGCUGUUCCAGGAUUUGGAGGUGGAGUUGGAACAGCCGGCAGGCCAGGAGCUGUUCCAGGAUUUGGAGGCGGAGUAGGAACAGCUGGCGGGCCGGGUGCUGUUCCAGGAUUUGGAGGUAGAGUUGGAACAGUCGGCGGACCAGGAGCUGUUCCUGGUUAUGGAGGUGGAGCUGGGACAGGUUACAAUCCUGGCUCAGGCAAAGCACUCAAAUAUGGUCAGCCUAGUGGUGUUGGCACUGGGGCAACUGGCGGCCUCGGUGGACCAGGAGGAAGAACUGGAUUUGGCACGGGUGGCCCUGGAUAUGGCCCAGCUAGUGCUGGCACUGGGACAGGUGGUCUGGGAUAUGGCCAAGGUGCUGCUGGCACUGGUUUAGGUGGUCCUGGAUAUGGCCCUGGUACUGCUGGAACUGGGAUUGGUGGUGCUGGCACUGGACCAGCAGCAGGAGGUUAUGGGCCAGGUACCAGUACAGGACCAGGAAGAGCUGGAACGGGACUUGGAGAAACAGGAACAGGAUACGGGGGAUAUGAUGCCAACGCCAAAGCCCGUAAAUAUGGUAUGUUCAGUGGAGCCCUGGGGAGUCAAGGAAUAAGUACUGGAAGAGUUGGACCGGGUGGUGCUAGCACAGGCAUUGGACCAGAAGGAGUCAGGCCUGGUGGUGUUGGUACAGGAUUUGGACCUGGAGUUGGAACUGGUGGAACUACAGCAGGGUUUGCUCCAGGGGGAGUUGGACUUGGUGUGCAAGGUAAAAGCUAUGGACCAGGAGGACCAAUUGGACCUGGCGUCACUGGUACAGGUUUUGGACCUGGAAGAGGAGUUUUACCUGGUGGUGCAGGAACUGGCUUCGGACCAGGGGCAGGAACUGGGCCGGGAGGUGCUGCCACUGGAUUUGGUCCAGGAGCAGGAGUUGGGCCAGGGGGAGCUGGCACUGGAUUUGGACCGGCAGUUGGGCCAGGAGGAGCUGGGUACGGACCAGGAGGUUAUGCAGGUGCAAAAGCCCGUAAAUAUGGUGUCGGAGGACUUGGUUUCGCAAAUGGAGCAGGUACUAGCCCUGGGGCAGGAGGGUUCCAAGGACCAGGUACUGGACAAGCAGGUGGAGGAGCCGGUACAAGGCUAGGGACCGGUGGACAACCUGUUCCAGGUUUUGGAACUGGGGGAGGACCUGGUAGUUACGGCCCUGGUGUUGCACCUGGAACAGGUUUUGGACCAGGGGGAGGCUAUGGUGCAGGGACUGGAUAUGGACAAGGUUAUGGAAUGAGUGCAAAAGCUGCUAAAUAUGGUCAAGGUGGGGCUGGUGGUGGAGCACUCGGAGUCGGACAAGGUGGAGUCGGUGGUGGGGUACUUGGAGGUGGAGGCGGACAAAGUGGAGUCGGUGGUGGAGCCCUUGGAGGUGGACAAAGUGGAGUCGGUGGUGGAGCAAUUGGAGGCGGACAAGGUGGAGUCGGUGGUGGAGCACUUGGAGGCGGACAAGGUGGAGUCGGUGGUGGAGCACUUGGAGGCGGACAAGGUGGAGUUGGUGGUGGAGUAAUUGGAGCUGGACAAGGUGGUUAUGGUAAAACUGGAUCCAAGGCAGACAAAUAUGGUCCAUCUGGUGGAGUGUCACCAGGCCCAGGAAGCGGGACUGGUGUUCAGUUCAAUGGCACCGGUGUGUACUUGAAUGGAACAAGCACAGGUGUUGCUACUCGCCCAACAACUAGACCCAGCGGACGAGGCACUGCACAAGGAACACGGGCGCCACAAGAAGGUGGGACUCGCAUUGAUGUGGGAAAGGAUGGAAAAGACUUUGAUGGAGGUGAGGGUGGUGCUGGCAGUGUGAUAGAGGGUUCUGGCUUUGCUGCAGGAGAAGGAGUCAGUGGGGGGGUUGGCGGGAGACCUUUUGGUGCAGGAGUUGAUGGAGAUGGUCUAAAAGGAACAGGAAUUCCCAUCCUUGGAAGAAAACCAGGUAUUGGUGGGACUCCUGCUCCAGGAGUUGCACCCGGCGGGGGAGGAGUGGUCCAGCCAACUGGUGAGUGA